GCAUGAAAGGCCAACCAGGAGCUCCUGCCGUGGCCUAGGUAACCAGGAAUGCUUGUGACAUCACUGGGCAGCAAGGUUCUUCCCUUUGCAUCUUUGCCAGUGAAAUGGUGUGCCCUGAUUCUGCGUUGCUUCCUCUCCUCGUGUGAAACUUGCCGCUUUUGAUGGCGGAACCAGCUGGGCAUGAACUUGGCUGUCAUCUCUCAAGAAAUAAGGAUGGUGGUGAGUACUCCUGUGAGUGCGGCUACAACCUUUUUAUCAGUCAAUUAAUCAACCAGUUUUAAAUCUGUGGGGGCAAUUUUUUAAUCAGACUGGCUGAGAACCCUUUAUUAUUUUUUAAAACUGGCCUGAUGUAUGGGUAUCACAGGGACUGCAAAAUGAAUUAUGGAGAGAAGGAGAACCUUCAACAAACCUGCCUGGCCUCUCCCAGCAAGUCUUUCAGUGGCCAAUCUCUUUGCAACUUAGCAGAAGGAGCAGUGAGGCCGAUUCUGGCCUAUAUCUGUUGAAAUGUUUUGAGCUUUGUAAACUGAUGAUGAUAAUUAUAAUUAUUUACAUUUAUAUCCCAACUUUCCUCGAAGGAACUGGUGGCAUAGAUGGUUCUCACUCUCAUCGUUUUAUCCUCACAAGAACCUUGUGAGGUAGGGUUAAACUGAGAGUCUAUGACUGGUCCAUGGUCACAGUGUGAGCUUCAUGGCUGAGUGGAGACUUGAACCCUGGUCUCUCAGGUGCAAGUCCAACACUCUAACCACUACACCACACUGGCUCAGGAAGAGACCUCUGCCUGAAACUCAGGAUAACUACUACCUGUGAAUAUGAACAAUAAUGCUUGCUGUUUCAAUGUUCUGACUUGGUUCCAAGGUUUGUUCCUGUGUACUUUUUAUAUCAAUUAGUUCACACAUUAGCUUUGCGUUGUCAAGCACACCAUAAUAAAGCACAAAAGAAUCGAGUGAUAUAUCUGAAUGAGAGAACUUAGCCCUUGCAAUAUAUAUAUUAUUUGGGUAUGUGUGUAGAAAACUAGCAAACCUAAUAGACCUGGCAAGCCUGUAGGCCUGAACCUAUUAGCCAAGCCUAUUGCAUUUUGUAGGGCUUGUAUAAGCCUAAAUAUUUUUGGGGUUGCAGUUUUAAGGUAGGGUUGCUUCCUAUGUGAUUUACUUAUGUGGGCUACUUACUCAUUUCAAAAACAUCUAAAAGCACAGUGUGCUGUAAAAACAACAACAUGCCCUGGUUUUCAUUUCUAUAUUAGAUAGCGUGCACUGUCAUAUGUGACAAACUGAAGAUUGACUGUUCUGUGAAAGGUAUAAAUAAAACUACAAGAAAAACAACAAGCACAGUCUGCAAUGCAAAGCUGGAAGCAACACAAAGUAAUUUUGGUUGCAAUCCCAAACCCACUUAUAUGCAAAUAAAUUUGAUUACAAUCAGUGGAGAUUGCUUCCAAAUAAAUAAGGUUACAAAUAGGAUGUAAAUAAGAGAUGCUAACACCUGAAGGGAUUAAAUAAAACAAGAGAAUACAGCAGUGGUUGCAGGCAAGAGUUAAUGCUCAAGGCGGGAGGGAAUACAAUUUAGAAAACCUCAUAUUUAAAAGGUAGGAUGAACUGCAAUGAGGGGGUUAGAGGUCUUUCCUCCUUUCUCCCCCCUUUUUUUUUGCAUUUGAGUCUAGGCCCUUAAAGCGCUUCCAGGUAGCCUUGAGCAUUGAUUCUGAUUUGUUUACAGGAAGAUUUCACAAUGCUGGCUACUUAACGAAUAUUUAUUCUACAAGUUUGUUGUGCAAGACCUCCCAAUGAACAGUAAUGGCACGACCCGAAUUUUCUGGUAUGUGAUUGAAUUUCCACCUGAAAACAGAAGGUUUAGAAAAGUAUUGCUAAAACUGAUUUAAAUCCGUGGUUUGAAGUGCACCUAACUCGCAGUGCAGUCCUGUGCAUGCUUACUCAGAAGUAAAUGCCACUAUGUUCAGUAGCACUUGCUACCAGGGACAUGUGCUUGGGGUGGGAAUCUUGGCAUAGGAUGGCAGUCUUAGGCUGUGUCCAUACUAGAUACUUUAGUGUGGCAUUGCAACAUUUAUUUUGUCUUGUUAUCACUGUCAUGAAAAACGGUUCUAGUUACAGGUAGGUAGCCGUGUUGGUCUGCCGUAGUUAAAGCAAAACAAAACAAUACAAAAGAAAUUUAAAAAUUCCUUCCAGUAGUACCUUAGAGACCAACUAAGUUAGUUAUUGGUAUGAGCUUUCGUGUGCAUGUGUUAUCUGAAGAAGUGUGCAUGCACACGAAAUCUCAUACCAAUAACUAACUUAAUUGGUCUGUAAGGUGCUGCAGGAAGGAAUUAUUUUUUUUUAUACUUUAUUUUAUUUAUGAAAAAAGGUAGCAGCAGGUACCUAUUGAAGCAUGGACAGUUACAAAGCAUACAGUGGUUUCCCACACUGAGUGGGCAAUGCUAAACAUCGUCCCUUUGGAAGUAUUCUUAUGGAUAUCCCAUGGUAUUUUUCUCAGAAAUAAAUCCUGCUCUUCCACCUAGGGUUGCAGCUUUAUGAUUUUCCAUCCCUUUGCUUUUAAGUCUGUCCCUUUGUUUAGGUUUCUACUGUUUCAUCUAUUGUUGUUUUAUAUUAUUAUUAUUAUUAUUAUUAUUAUUAUGUGUGUGUGUGUAGGAUGUUGCGAUGUAUCAAAUCAAAAUGGGGAGAACCAUGUAGGUCCUUCUUGGAGAAAAGGCAGAAUGUAAAUGCAAUAAAUAAAAUAAGUGUGUAUAGGACUGCAGUCUUAGCAGCUUCUGAUGCCACCCUUUGUUGUUGUUGGUUUUUGCAGUAAGACUGACUGGGAAACCUAUACCAAACUUUCCCUAGGAUUAAGUCGUCCUGGUGUAAUGGAUAAGAGCGUGGGACUAGGACCUGCGAGACCAGGGUUCAAAUCCCAUGAAGUUCAAUGUAUCCCUACCUCGCAGAGUUGUUGUGGGGGUUUAAAUGAGGAAAGGGAUGUACAUGCUACCUCGGGCUCUUGGAGGAAUGGGAUGUUAGCGCAAAUAAAAUAGAAUAAAAAAUAAAUAAACGGGGAUUACUUCUGAGUGUACAUGCUGUGAGACAACUUCCCAUUGGUGACGAAACGGCGCGCGCGGAGGCGGCGUCAUGUCGUUCUUGUUGUUUUUCUUUCCCCGGGCGGCCCACUCGAUUGGCUCACGGGACUUUUUCCCAGCCAAUAAAAUUUGGGCGGGAAAAAACCCAACCCGCCCCGUCAGGCGGGGCCUUAAUAGCAGAGUGGCUCUCUCUUUCUCUCGGGAAACCUCUGACGUCAGCGGCGAGGGAGGCGGGCCGAAGCAGCCAUUCGCAGUUUGGCGCGCUUUCGCGCAACUCCAGAAGGGUCCGUGGCGGCGGGAUAUUGGGGGGGGGGGGGUGCGGGUUAGAUGGUGGCCGCAAAGGGUAAGAGGUGGCUGAGUAGGGCGCUUCGCGGAGGGAAAUAGAAACGUGCUGGGAUUCCAGGAAUCCUGUGCUCUCUUGGCAGGAAGUACAGUGGGACCUCUCUUUUUGGGGGGGGGGGGGGCGGAGGGGACGCGGAAAGCUCCUACCAAGUCAGACUGGUAGCUCAACGUAGUCUACGCUGACUGGCAGCAGCUGUGCAAGAUUUGCAACAGGACUCUUUUCCAGGCGUACUUGCAGGCGCCAAGGUUUGAACCUGGGAGGUUUUUCAAGAAAAACGCUGUGGCCCUGCAUAGGAUUGUGUUGCAAGCCCAGCCCUACAAGGUUCUGGAGCCUCCUGCCCCCCAACACUGAGUCUCUAAAAUGCCACUUUCUCGUCUCCUGAGAUGUUAGCCAGGACUUGCAAUGAAGUCAUAUACAUGUGUGUGCAGAAUGGCAUAUGUUUUUUUGUUGGAAGCCGCCCAGGGUGGCUGGGGAAGCCCAGCCAGAUGGGCGGGGUACAAAUAAUAAAUUAUUAUUAAAUUAUAUUAUUAUUGUUUUAAGUACUUGGGCAAUUGUGCAACAAGUACAGAGUAUGAAAGAGACAGAUGCUCCAUGGUGCACUGGUGGAUAUGCAGCCUCGCCCUGUCUCUCUAAUAUCUUGGAAUUACUGUAGUUUGUCCUUGAUUACAGAAACAGGAAGCAGCACAGAAGCUGAGGGGCAUAUGGGAGGUGUGUGUGUGUGUAUAUAGAGGGAGUGUUCAGAGAUGCCAACUCCUCCCACCAGCAGUCUUGAAGAGAUAGAGUCCAGAAUUCUACCACUUUAAGCAGCAUACUGUAGGCCCAGUAUUAAGGCUGAAGCUACAGUUGCCCUUUUUUUGGCCAUGGUUGUGGAGCUUUUUUGGCAAAAUUGCAAAAAAACAUGCUGUUUUUGAGCUAUUUUUAUGGAUAAUCGGCAAAAACAACACUGCCGACACAGGCUGCCAUACGUCCGGAUUUCCUCAGACAUUUUUGCUGAUUUCUGCCCGGACACUACUGCCAGCUGUAGUAUUCCAGAUACGUCCUGACCUACGCCAAUCUUAGUUGAAGCUGGUUGUGUAGAAUGCUGCACUGGUAAGCAGCGUUUUGCCACCUUGUUGGCACAAUUAACACAAGCUGCAUAGCUCAUCUGCUUUGCAUGCAGAAGAUCAAUCCCUGGCAUCCCCAGAUAAUGCUCCUUUCCUGAAGCCCCAGAGGGCCACUGCCAGUCAAGGUACUGAGCUAGUUAAACUAAUGGUCUGGCCUGGUAGGAGGAAUCUAGCAAUGCUUCUAUCUUUUGAGAGCCUGCAUGGCAUAGCAGAGUGUUGGGCUCGGACCUGGGAGACCAGGGUUCACAUUUCCACUCAAUCAUGAAGCUCGGUGUGUGACCUUGGGCCAGUCAUAGUCUCUCAGCCUAAUUUAACCUCAAAGUGUUGUGAGGAUAAAAAGGGAAGAGGGGGGAAAGGAAGUUGCAGCACCUUGAGCUCCUUGGAGGAGCAGCGGGAUGCAAAUGUAAUAAAUAAUGAUAAUAAUAAGGUGGUUUGGAAUGCCUUGUAGGCAUUUGGUGUAAUCUUUGAUAGAUUCUACUCUUGGCUGGGUUCCUGGGAUAACUUCAGAUGCACACAUAAUGGGAGAGGGCCAUCUUUACCGUCCUCCACAGGGCCUCCCUUGUGCUCGUGUAAUGUUUUAUUUCAACUGUGUUGACAAUGUCCUUUUUGCCCGCCUUUGUAGAAAUGCUAGUUUAUAUAUAGUCAGGGUUAAGGUGAUUCAGAAUACUGUUUUAUGGGUUUCUUUUUCAUUUCAGGAGAUGGCUGGGGAGAGCCAAGAAGCCGCCAAAACAAAGUUUCCAUUUCCUUAUGUGCCAUACCCCAUUCAAGAAGAAUUCAUGGCUAAACUUUAUCAGGUCUUGGAGACUGGGAAGAUUGGUAUAUUUGAAAGCCCAACUGGCACAGUAAUUCUCUCUUUAUUUUUUAAUAAUAUUUGAAGUGCUGACAAUUCCUCAUCUUUCUGCUACCUAGGCCUCAAGGUGGCUGUGGGAGCUUCAUGUGGCUGGAGAAGGAAUGCCUUGCAACAUGGAGGAAAGGCUCUCAGGGCUUGGUUGCAGCCAGGGAGUGGGGUGCUGUGGAAGGAGGGGAGGGAACGGGAGAAAUAGUGUGGUUUGCUGCUUAGGAACAUAAGGAGCUGUCUCACAGCAAGACAGACCAUUGGCCCACUUUGCUUGGUGUCGUCUACACUGACUGGCAGCAGCUGUUUCUCCUGGUCCUACCUGGAAAUACUGGGGAUUAAGCCUAGUGUGCAAAGCACAUGCUCUACCACUGAGCUACAGCCCUUCCCCAAAGUGCUGUAGCAACCCAGAAUGCUUGGCUUUGUGGGUUGCAGCAAUAAUCUGUCGUUGUGAAUAGACAACAAACAGGUAUUGGCUUGUUGGGAACUGUAAAUAAUGUCUGGGCUUUUGUAUUCUAAAUUUAAAUGCAGCUGCCUAGAUUCUUGAAUAAGUGGUACUAAGACAACAGCAGCAACUCUGAAUUUUAUUUUUAGGGGAAAUCUUUGAGUCUCAUUUGUGGAGCCCUCUCGUGGCUCCGAGACUUUGAAGAGAAAAAGAGACAGGAAGAGGCCCGCCUGCUUGCAAACGGAAGUAAUGGAAAGAGUGCAAAAGAGCAGCCUGAGAAGGGAAGCCAGGCAUCGGCCGGAGAGCCCGAUUGGAUCACCCAGUUUGUGCAGAAGAAAGAAGAACGGGAAAUGGUCCACAGGCUGAAGGUAAUGCUGUUUAUUAAUUAGAGCAAAUCCUGUCUAGGUGGCGAAUUCAGAGAUGUAACUGUAAAAGAAUAAUGAGAACAUUAAAAAAUAAUCAAGAGAUAGCAAAAGCCUUGCUGGAUCACGCCAAAGGCUCUUCUCGUCCAGCAUCUUGUUCUCACAGUGCUAAACAGAUGCCUAUGGCAGAUGCCUGAAAGCAGGACCAGAGCGCAACAGCAACUCUCCGCACCUGUGAUUCCCAACAACUGGUAUUCAGAGGCAUACUGCCUCCAACAGUGGAGGUGGGCACAGUCAGCAGACAGUGGAUGUAGGAGUCAUUUUUCAUCUUGUAGCUUCAGUUCUUCUCUCUGAGCCGUGUACAUUUAGCAUCACGCUUAAAUCUUUUGCAUGUGCCAUCUCUUUAAAGAACCCAGAAAUACUAGUUCAAUAUAGAAUAAUAAUUUGUAACUCCAAGCCAGAAAGAGAAUGGUGUCCAAACCAUAAGGAAAAUACUUAAUUGAAACGUUUAAAACUCACGGCCUAUGGCUGCAGUCCCAUAUAGAGCCAAUAGCUGGAAAAUUAUCUCCACAGGAGUAUAAGAUGGCAGCCCUUCCACCUCAAAUACCAUUAAACUGUGGUGGUAUUGCAACACCGAAAGAACAAAAAAAGUUGCAAAUAUUUAAUAGAGAACUAAAUAAGUAUUUGCUCACAAGUCUCACUUUACUCAAAAGUUCUCUUAGAAAAUGCUACUUAAGCUAUUUAAAAAAGAGAGAGAUUCUGGUUAGUAACAUCUUAUUGAAAUGUACCAUGUGCUACAUUUCCUUGUUAAAUAUGACAGUAUCUAUAGUGUUUUGUACUACUGCAUAACCAUCUUUAUUCUGCCUGCCCAUUGAGUACAAGGUGAAUUAGAAAUGGGAGAAACAUAUAAAGUGAAAGAUUCUUCUGGGAUAUUUUCUCACGAGCCUCUGCCACCUGUGUGAAAACUGGGUUACAGCUACUGUUUUAAAACCUUAUGCACCAGGUGGUCUAGAAACAUAUAUAAUCUAGGAAAGACUGAAGUGGGGAGGCUCUAACAUGCUUGGGAUUCACAGUGGGUACUGUUUUCGUUCCAGGACUUGAGUUUCACAGACUGUUGUUUCAAUUUUUAGGAGGAGCAGGUCAGGAGGAAGAAGCGAGAAGAACGUCUGGAGCAAAUUCGCCACAACGCGCAGCUGAAAUACACUUCUAAAAGAAAGGUGAGAGGACUCGGAUACCAAAGGCCUAUCCUUCGGUUGCCAACAGCACAAUCCCAACCAUGUUUAAUUGCAGCUUUGUUGAUAAGUUGUGGUUCCCGGAAUGCUGAGAGUUCCAUGGUUCGUGUAUUGAACGCUAACUAAGUAUUGGUGGGGAGAAAAUGAUGAAAAACUGAGCCAGGGGAGUAGAAUAAAAUGACUGGCACCCUAAAGAGGAAUACUCUGCACUUGUUGAAGGCGCCACUUGUUAUUCUUUAUAAGGCUGCUGUAUUGAGUGGUUGGGCUCCCCCCAUUUGCUUUGAUUGCUCUUGUUAUUAAUACUCAUCGCAAAGUAUUGGAAGACACAAGAUCCACCCACCUUGGAAGAAUGGCAGAUGAAGGUGAUGGACUAUAUGGAAUUGGCGGAAAUGACUGGCAGAAUCCGAGACCAGGGAGAAGAGUCGAUGGAAGAAGAUUGGGAAAAGUUUAAAGACUAUUUACAGAAAUAUUGUAAAAUUAAUGAAUGCUAGAAUGAUGUUGGAUAGAAACCAAGUGGUCUUUAGCUGAAAUGUUAUAAGGGAAUAUGAAAAAAUGGAUUAUUAAUAGGUACAGGAAGUACAAAUUGCAUUUUUCUCUGGUUUCUGGGGGUUAAACACUAAGCUCCUUAAACACUAAGGGUUUGGAGGCUACUCUCUCAAGCCUUUCCUUAUAGGACAGUGAGCUAAUUGACUUGGAGGGGCUGACAGUUCCAUUAUGCUUAUUUCAGAGGAUGGAGGAGGAAGAGGCAGAGCAGCUACUACAGCUCAGUAAGGACAUGUUGUCUCACCCGGAUGAGUUGGGUACUUUGGAGCCGUUGGAUCAGAGUGAGGAAGAUCUGAUCCUUGCAGAGUACGAGAGCGAUGAGGAGAAGAAAGUGGGAAGUAGGUAAGAACGGCAAUAAGAUGGCAAGAUAAAGGGGCAGCAGAAGCAGGCUACUUGAGAGCCAGUGUGGUGUAGUGGUUAAGAGCGGUGGACUCGUAAUCUGGUGAACCGGGUUCGCGUCUCCGCUCCUCCACAUGCAGCUGCUGGGUGACCUUGGGCUAGUCACACUUCUUUGAAGUCUCUCAGCCCCACUCACCUCACAGAGUUGUUUGAUGUGGGGGAGGAAGGGAAAGGAGAAUGUGAGCCGCUUUGAGACUCCUUCAGGUAGUGAUAAAGUUGGAUACCAAAUCCAAACUCUUCUUCUCUUCUACUUGGUCCUAUGAUCGCAUACUAGACCUAGUGGUCACCAAGAAGAAGGAAGCAGCAAAUCACAAGCAGCGAAGGCCCCGUCUGCUCUUCUCAUGAAGAUGGCAGCUGCCUCUCGGUGCAGAAGUGCAACUUGGGUUUAAGGGUUGGAUUUGCCAGAAUAAUCCUCCUCUAAUGCUGUGGAUUGUCUUUUAUGGCGUAUCUUGAAAAGCAUUUCACUCAUUGUAAAAGAAAAUAUGUCAUAGGAAGUCUCCCCCCCCCCCCCGUGUUAUGCAAAGUCAUCAGAAAAAAAUGAGGGGAAACAUAUGUCCUCCCCACUCCAUUUCCCCUCUUUUGCGCCUUCACAUUGCCAAAUAAGAAUGUGCUGGCUCUCUGUCGUAUGUGGACAGAGACCUGCUUAAAGACGGGGAGAGACGGUGUCAUACGUGCUCUGGAUUAUGACACAAAUGUUUCAGAGGGGCUACAGGAAAGAGAGACACCAUUGUGCUUUCGCCCCUUAGGUUAUGUGAAGAAGAUGAUGAUGAAGAUAUAGAGGAGGAGCAUGUAACUAAGGUAAGGCUUCAAGGGGCAUCUGGUUCCUGCUCCAGAAGCUGUCCUUCAAAUCUGUAGGUGGGAAGGUUCAUGACAAAUUGGCAAGAAUUCCUCCCGCUUCUAAGGCUCAAACUAGAUAACUGCACACAGACAUACACACAUAAUACAGUUAAAAUCCAGUGAGAAUCCCGUCUGACUCUCCUACCCUCAGUCCAGACACUAUCUCAGUUGCUGAAGUCUAUCCCAAGUGGAAGAGUUUUGCCUAUUUUUCAAAUGAUGUUCACAUCUGGCUUUAGUGAGCCCAGGGUCAGGCUGAUGCUGUUGCAUACAAAGUGUUUCCCUUCCGGCUGUUUGGUCCCUUCUGAGAUGCAUGGGCCCAAGCAGUUGCCUGAGAGCAGACUCUGGGCCAGAGUGAGCCCCCCAGGAGCCAAAGUUUUGUAUUUGUUGGGCAGGCGUUGCGGAUGCCUCUGUCCUACUGCAGAAGCAAGGGGAAGAGAGCACAAAUCCUGCAUUUCUAUCGCAUCUAAACUGGACCUGUAUGAAUUGGUUCCCGGUUGUGUUUCUCUUCUGUUUCUCUUCCUCAGAUUUACUACUGCAGCCGAACGCAUUCGCAGCUGGCUCAGUUUGUGCAUGAGGUUCAGAAGAGCCCUUUCGACAAGGAGACACGACUGGUCUCCUUGGGGUCUAGGCAGGUGCGUAGCCCUCUGCUUUUCCUUGGGCAAGCUGGGUUGCUAAUGAAAUUUCCCUAUGGGUGGAACUAGACAAUGCUGACCACUGGGUUGCCAUCAAAGUUAGCUAGCUGUUUUUCCAGUUCCUCCUCCCCUUCCCAGGUCCAUCCAGGUGUUCAGCCACAUGUGUGAGGGCUGUGCACACUGCCCCUGCCUCAACCAUCAGUCUGCGUACUGGCCCUGGCCCUCCAUUCCUGAAGGGAGGUUCUAAUCACAUUCAGCCUAAGGCACUUGAAAGCUUUAUGGUGAUUGCCCACCUCACUUUGUUAUCAGUGUAUCCUCUUACAGAGAGGCUUCAAAAUGGGCUGAAAAUGUGAAGGUCAGGGACGAGGGUGAGGGGCACAGCCCACACGUAGUAUGUGCCCUCUCCGUCCAUUUGCUGAAUUCUUUAAUACAGUGGUACCUCGGGUUAAGAACUUAAUUCGUUCUGGAGGUCCAUUCUUAACCUGAAGCACCACUUUAGCCUAUGGGGACUCCCGCUGCUGCUGCGCCGCCACCGUGUGAUUUCUGUUCUCAUCCUGAAGCAAAGUUCUUAACCCGAGGUACUAUUUCUGGGUUAGCGGAGUCUGUAACCUGAAGCGUAUGUAACCCGAGGUACCACUGUGGAGCUGUUGAGUAAGGGUAUGGAGUAUCCUUCUUGCCUUGCACGAUCUCCCCCGCCCCCCAUCAGUCAAUAAAAUGGGGCAAGGGAACGCUUGGCGUGAUGAUGCUAUGUCACGUGUCUCCCUUUCUAAAGGUUUAUGGGGAGAAGAGGAGGAACUGAAUGUAUUGUCAUUGCUGGAAACACCCUGUGAUCCUCAUCGUGUCUAUUCUUAGAACUCCCUAGCAUGGAAAUAGUUUCCUGGUGGCACUUAGGAGCAGUUGAAACAGUGCUUUAAAAAAUAUAGAUAUAUAUAUAUAGAUAGAUAUAUAGGUAUUGAAAUGCCGCAAGGUUAGGAAUUGCUGCAUCCACCCCCCGUUUGUUGUAUUUUUAGAACUCACCCUGAUUUUGUGACUGUAUUCUGUGUUUUUUUAAGAAAGAUUGUUAUUAAUUUUGCAUUUUAAAUGGUCAUAACCCACCCUGGGACCUUAGACUGAAGGGCGGGUGGAAAUGAUAAUUAUUUAAUUAAAAUGUUCAAGAUGCAAACCAGAAAAAUCAUCUUUAGAAAUACAAAUUCUGAGUAAGAAAUUGGAUACUGAGCAGCAUGACACCCUUGUGAUAUUACAAAUACUGAACACCCUUCGUCCUGGAUUUGUGUGUCUCCAAUGCUUAUGGCACUUCAUACCACAGAAACAAUAAUCACAAAUAGUUUUGCAUUCCAAAGAUUCUGAGGUGCUGGAGGGGGAAACAUUUAAAUAUGGUUUAUUCAUUUUUUUACCUAUACAUACAUACAAAAAAGUAUAUAACUUUAUAGGGCGGCAGUCAGUGCUAGUCCAAUUCUGAGCUUGAAGUUGAUGGGCAUAACUAAUUUAGGUUCAUUAAUCUCAGUAGAUCUUGGUUGAAUACAACCCAUACAUUAUAAAUCAGUUAUUCUUGUAAUCCUAUUACUUUUGUUUCAUUAUUUAUAAGUAAUUAUUCUAACCUGCUGCCUUAUAGAUUAGUAAUAAAGUCUUUCAAUGUUUUUUAUAUUUCGUCUCAACCGCAAGAAAAACUCAAACAAUUCGCCUCUCAUAAUUCUGCUCCGUGUAUGUUGUGAAUGUCUCUCUCUCUCUGUUUUUGUAACUGGUUUCUGCUUUUUCCUGCCUUACCUGUCUCAGAACCUCUGUGUGAAUGAGGAAGUGAGGCACCUGGGAGCCGUCCAGCUCAUCAACGACCGUUGUAUGGAGAUGCAGAAGAAUAAACAUGGUAGGAAAGUGUCACAUGCUGGGAACAAUGACUUAAAUGGUGCCUAGUGUAUUUCAAUAAAACAAUGAACAGGGUGGUGAUACAAUGACUACGGCAAUCGACACAAGUUAAUGUCACAAAGGCAGCUAUCUGUAAACAAACAAUAAACGUCGAUAAAAAUUGCAAAAGUAGUUUCUUUCCCAAAUAGGUUUUAUCUUUUUUUAAUGUAUUUUUAUUAAAGAUUUUCUUGAUUUACAAAAGUAUGUGUAAUGUCUCUCUCUCAUAUUUUUUCCAUGUAACAUUUUUACAAAUCAGUUUCAUUUGUUGAGACAUUAGGAAGAAAAGGGGGAAAGAGGUGGAGGUGGGAAAGGUGAGUGGGGUUGGGUGAUGAUGUUUCUAUUUUACUUAAUAUAUGUAGGGUUUUGUGUCAGCAUUGCUUGUGCAGGUUCUUUGCUGUUCACUUGUGUUCCUUUGGUGGUGAGAGAGGUUGGGGUUGGCCUAGGGUGUGGUUGUUCAUUUGUGGUUGGCUGUGGUGGUCUUUGUUUUUGUGUGUGAGUGGGGUGUUUUGGAUCAGGUUAGCCAUAUUGAUUUGUAUGCUGUUGGUGGAUUUUUGUCAUUGACUUUUUGGGCUGUGUGUGUGAUAAAGGGGAACCAUACCAGGGUGAAGGCGUUUUCUAUUUGUCCCUGUGUCAGUUUCACUUUAUUGGUUAAUUUUUUCUAGUAAGGCUGUUUCCCAUACUAUUUGGUACCAUUGGUCCAUACUUACUCCUGACAGGUCUCUCCAGUGUCUGGCUAUGAUGUUUCUGGCUGCUGAAAGUAGGUGGGUUAUGAGCUCUUUGUGAUGUGAGUGGGCAUUAUUGUCUUGGAAGAUGUUUAGUAGGGCCAGUUCUGGGGUGAUUUCUAAUCCCUUCUUGGUUAUUUUACAUAUUUCUCGUAUGGUUGUUGUCCAGAAUAGUUGGAUUUUGGGACACUCCCACCACAUGUGGAGGUAUGUGCCUGAAAUAGGUUUUAUCUUAAACAAUUGCAAACAUAGUAAAUAAAAAGUUUGCUUGUAUUAUAUAAGUGGUUCAGUGCUCAUUUCUCCUCUUUCCAAAAUAGAUCUUAUCUUGAACAAUUAUAAACACAGUAAUAGAGCCCACUUGUGAUAUACCAGUGAUUCAGUGCUCCAACAUUGCUAAAGACCUUAGUCAUCGAGCUUUGUAGUAAAUAAAAUACAAGAGAAGAAAGCAUGUACGGUAAAUGACUUAAAGCAGGGGUAUAUCUGUCCCCAUCUGCAUAUUCCCAUCGGGAGGAGCAUAGAAAGAGGAUGAUGUCCUUCAGUUAGUUAAAAUGACUUGCCAUUUUUAUGGACAUUUAUUGUUUGUUCACAGAUAGUUGCCUUGGUGGUAUUAUAUAGUGCAAUUCAAUGGCAGGUUCUACCAUCAUCAGUAAAGUGGGGCCUGCAGUAAAAUGUUGCAGUGAGGAGUGCUUCUGUUCAGGGUUCCAGCCAGCCAUGUCCCCAGAGCACUUUUAUCUCUGCUCACCAGCGGCUUGCAGCCCCUGGUGGAUUACCCUCAAGGGGAAUCGGCCCUCUAGAGAAAAAAGGUUGCCCACCUUUGUUGUAGGAAGGGCCCCUUGCACUGCUUUCACUCACGUUAAUAUGAAUGCCUCUUUCCACUUGGCUCUCACAGCUCUUCUUUCUGACCUUUUUUGCUUCCAGAGAAGAGUAGUGCAACAGAGGAGGCAGAGGGGAAGAAAAGGCGAGUGAGCCGAACAGUUUGCCCAUUUUACUCCUAUGAGCCCAUGCAGCUCCUUCGGGAUGAAGUUCUGGUUGAGGUGAAAGAUAUCGAGCAGCUGGUGACUCUGGGGAAGGGAAUGAAGGCCUGCCCGUAUUAUGGAAGCCGAUAUGCUAUCCCAGCUGCUCAGGUGAGCCCCACAAAAAGGCAAACCAGCCGCUUUCCUUUAACCUCAAAUUCUUCAGCUGUUGAGCAAGGCAGGUGAAAAGCAUGGUGCUGCAUUUGUGUGUGUCUCAAACACUAGGCAAAAGCAGAUUUAGAGCCAAGUACACAAACCUGGACUUCACGUUGGCUAAUUGUUAGAAUUACCUAAAUAGUUUACCUCUCCUAGUACCAUCAGUUGUCUUAAUUGGCUAUGUAAAAGACCUAGUCCUGUUGGGAGAUAGAUAAAUUACAGAAAUUGCCUCCACCCAUUCGCUGCUGAUUAAUUAAAGUGCUUUCUGUCGGUGGAGGGGACGCUGUUGGAUUCGGCCCAGAUCAGAUCAACCAAAAGUGAUUUAAUUGCCUGGCAGCAGAAACCUGGUAGUGCCUGCCUUUCGAACUGUUGCCCUGUUGGAGCAGCGGUAGCCAUUGUAGUGCCCUUCAGAUGCUGUAGACUGCAGCGCCAUCAUUCCUGACCGUUGACUUUGCUAGCUGGGGAUGAUGGAGGUUGUAGUACGUGAUACCUGGAGGGCACCCUGUUGCCUAACUCUACUAUGGAGGAAAAGGGCUCCGUUUCUUGCCUCCUGUCUUAUAUGCCUCUCCCAGGACCUUUUUGCCUGCUAUGCACUGGCAACCUUGGGUUUGCCACUGAAAGUAAACUCAGUGGGGACUAGAAAGUAGUCCAUGUUUGCAAAUGCAUCUUGCCCCUACUUCCUGUUCACACUUAAUUUUUGUGUGUGUUUUGGGAAUGCAUUUGCACCAUGUGUGGUGGACCUUACUUACCUUUAGUCCCAUAAAUGUGACAAAUUGCCCUUGUAACCCAAGCCUGUGUCCCUCCUUCAGCUGGUGGUGUUGCCAUAUCAAAUGCUUCUGCAUGGAGCUACUAGAAGUGCGUCUGGGAUCAAGCUGAAGGAUCAGGUGGUGAUCAUUGACGAAGCCCACAAUCUGAUAGAUACCCUCACCUGCAUCUACAGUGCCCAGGUUAGCGGUUCUCAGGUGAGCCAGACCUCAGAGCCCCUGCUCUGCUGCUUGUUUGUUGGUCUUCCACCAUAGAGUUCACAUUUCCACAGUGGUGGGUUUUUCUUUUAAGCUGCCUUCAAUGCCAACAUUUUAUUUCUAUUAUAGCUGUGCUGUGCCCAUUCCCAACUGUUGCAGUACAUGGAGCGCUACAGGUAAAGCUAUUUACAACUCGAGUUGACAUGUUUGAGCACAGUGUGAAACUAGGGUUUUUUUGCUAUUUACAUCACUGCCAAUCUAUAAAAUUAAUCAGGCUGCUUACAAAGUAGAAACAAGCAUUAUAAGUGGCUCAGUUUGGACUAAAACCAAACCAUGGCUUUGCACCAAUGAGCAAACAUGUAGGCUCUUGGACGUAAGAUGGCAGCCACAGCCCUCUUCCCUGGGACCUGCUGCUGCUGCACUAUGCAAGACUAAGCCAUGGUUUGGCUUACUGUUCUACCCAAUUCAGAACUUAUGGUUUGUCUCACUCCAGACAAACCACGAACAGUAACUAAAGGUUUGUUCUUGGUUUACUGCUCUUGGUUUGUCUGGAGUGAGACAAACCACAGUCUUAGGUUUGGAUGUGGCACUAGGCCAAACCAUGGCUUCGCCUCGGAUAGCGUGGCAGCAGUAGAACAACAGGGUAGAGCACUGCAGUGCAUGUUUUCUCACACGUGCUCAGCCAUGUUUUAAAAAUUCAAUUGUGGGAAAAUGCAAAAACAAGCAUAAAGCACAGCACAAAACUUUCCUUCUAGCAGAGAUAGUGUAAAACAAUUUAAAACUAUAUUCUCCCUUCGCAUGAUGAAGAAAGGAGGGGGAGCAUGCAAGUCCCAAGAUGCGGUUGCUCAUCCAUGAAACAGCAAUACGUGGUUUGCUGUUACAGUAAGAUGCCAGUCAUAGUUGUCUGUCUAUACGUGGCAGUGUUUAUUCACCACCAAGGGCUUCAUUCUCUCCACCAGGGGCAUAAUUCUAAACCCCAACGUAGCUCUGUUGUGUCAGGAGCACUGCCUGUUCGCAUUGAGACACCGUUUUAUUUCUGUAAUAGGAAGCGCUUGAAAGCAAAGAACCUGAUGUACAUUAAGCAGAUUCUGUUUCUGCUGGAGAAGUUUGUGGCUGUUCUUGGAGGUAAGAGAGAAUGUGGGUUUGUUGGUUUCCACUCGGGUGGGAACAGGUUCCUGCUACUUUCCUCAAAGGCAUCAAGCCAAACCAGACUUUGAGAGACAGAGUUUGUCUCAAGGGAGGUGAAGCUGAUCCCUCAUUAUAUGGGCUCCCAUUGCUCUGGGAGCCUCUGAAUUUUCUUGUGUGUGAAUAUGCAAGAGCGACGGAUCCCAGAAAAAUUUAGGAGAACCUGAACAGUCCCAGUUGCCUGUACUGACCUUGUUUCUCCCCUUUCCCCAACCCAGUCCUCCUUCGGUCACCUCUGUUUUCCACUUCUGCCUCAACCUUUUCUCGGUUGCCAUUUUUGUUCAUUAUAACAGGAAACUAUGCAGCUAAAUGAAGGUUUUUUUAAAGAGGUGCAUAAAGAGGAAUCUGCUUAUUGCACGUGGGUCGUCCCCCCCAGGUGUCUGCUCGUGCUUUGGCUAUACGCCAUAUAAUUAAGUCAACUUCCUGUAUUUACUGAACUUGCUACCAGCUUAAUGUAAUCAAAUUCCAAAUUGCUUGUUGAAUUAUUUUUUUAAAGCAGGUACAAAUGCAAUAAGCCCUUUAAUGAGAAGCAAAUUGGAAUCUGUGUUUAGGGGGGGAUACAGCCGUGAAUGCACAGCACUGGAACGAAACGUUUCCUUCUAGGUGGCAGCCUUGGAGAGUGACAGAACUUCAGAAUUGCGUGGCCUCUUAGACAUCAUCUACUUCUGCCUCUUGCUCAGUGUAGGGGUCUGCAGCUAUAGCAUCCUUGACAAGUGGUUGGCCAUCCCCUGCAGUGGAGAGCCCAUCAUCCCACCUCAAGGCAGUCUAUUCCACUGUCAAAUAGCUUAGUGUCUUAGUGCCUUCUCAAGUUUGGCUGAAAUCUGCUUCCUUUCCAUUUCCAUCUAUGAGUCCUUCUGGAGCAACAGAGGGCAAGUCUGCUCAUCUGCAGUUAUUUGAAGGCUCUCAUGUCUCCCUUUAGUAUCUUAACCACAUUUUUCACCUGUUCCCUCAUAUAGACGUGGUUUCCUGAUCCCUCACCUGAUAGCUCACUUCUGGACAUAUUCCAGUUUUAAAAAAUAAACAGAAAUCAUAUGUUGAACCCGGAAGUAGACACAGUACUCCAGGUACCAGUUUCUAGGCAGUAGCUGUAAAUGAUUCUUUUUACGGCAGAAUCCUAAGCAUGGCAACUCGGAAGUCACCCCCUGUUUUCAGUGGCAUGUGUGGUCUAAUUAAUAUGUGCACUUAGGAUUCCUCCCUUGUCAUCUUAGCUCCCUGUUUAGGAUUUUUCGGGAAACAGCACUUUUAAUUCAGAGUGGCUUUUUUGUAAACCAUUUCUCAUUGCUCUGCUCUUCUUUGUGUUCUACAGGAAAUAUAAAUCAGAAUCCAAACACUCAGAGCAUUCCACAAGCAGGUACGUCAUGCCUCCAAUGUCUGAAAUGACAUGGGUCAGCUGGAUAUAUGGGGUACCUAAUUGGGAGUGAAUAAGCAAUAUUUCUCUAGGAGAAUUCAUUCUUUCUCUCUUUCCCGUCCACUCAGGGGUGCAGCUGAAAUCUAUCAAUGACUUUCUGUUCCAGUGCCAGAUUGACAACAUCAACCUCUUCAAGGUUAGGAAUGGAUUGGUUUGUUCCAGUGUCUGGAAUUGUGCUGAUAGGAUUUGUGUGAAGCUGAGAACUCGCAUCCAAGCUCUGAAGAGUGUUUUAUUGUUUUUGUUUCAACUACUUAUUUGUAUUUUUAGCUUAUGAACCACCCUGAGAUCUUUUGAUGAAGGGUAGUAUAUUAAUAAUAAUAAUAAUAAUAAUAAUAAUAAUAAUAAUAAUAUGCUCUGUUUCCAAAUCAAAACAUACUGCAUUCCAGUAUGUGUUUUUAUUUUCUCCUCUGGACUUGUUAAGCAACGAAGUUUAAAGUGGUGGUGUUCCCUUUAGUCAGCUCCCCCUGUUUUCAUGAACAAGAAGUUCCAGUUGUCAUCCACAGUGCGGGGGGUGGGGCUUCCUGAUAGUCAGGGAUGGGAAAGUGAGUGGUAGCAUGCGAGAAGGCCUAUUCCUGGCUGUGGAAUGCCCUCCCCAUGGAAGUAAGGACAAUAGGAAACUGCCUUAUACCAAAUUGUUCCAUCUAGCACUGUAUCGUCUUCACUAACUGGCAAUGGCUCUCCAGAAUUUCAGGCAGAGGAUGUUCCCAGCCCUCCUUGGAGAUGCCAGGCAUUGAACCUGGGACCUUUUGCAUGCAAAUCAGAUUCCCCACCACUGAGCUCUGGCCCUGCCCUGGCGUUGACAACAUUCUCCUUCCGGUGCCAGCUUAAAACAUAACCUGUUUUCCCAGGCGUUUAUGUGAGAUAGGUCUGCUUGAAUCAUCUGCAGCAUCUUCUGAGUUUAUUUUAAUAGAUAUUAUCUAAAUAUUUUAAUAGAUAUUAUCUAAAAGUAUUACACUUUUUAAAACUUAUUCAUAGGGUUUCUUGAAUUUCUUUCCUGCCCAUCAGCAUAAGGUCUUUGGGCAGGUGAAAACAAUAUAAAAAUGCAGUAUUAAAACCAAUUCAAACAGUUUACAAACGGAAUGUCAGGUGUCAAAGACAGACAGCAGAAGCUAGGUAAGGUAACCUAUUCUGGAAAUGGCUGCACUUGAGGCUAGGAUCUAAAUCUUUUAAAUAUGCAAAAUUGGAUAUUAUAACAGACCUCUUGUUUCCACCAGAGGUCUUUAGGCUUUAACAGACCCAGGGACCACCCAACCAGUGGUGUGGGACCCAUUUCAAAUUUAUUUGACCCCCCCCAGUUUAUUAUUUUGGUCAAUUCCCUCUUCUAUCCUCUAUUGAAACCUGGCCUGAUCUAACCAGAAUGAUAAUAUAAAAUGGGCUACUCUGUUUCUGACUGUGUGUCAGCUCUGCUCUUAUUUGGAAAACCAUUAAAAAUUAUAUACUCCAUGCAUGCAAACCUAGCACAUCAGGAAGGGGGGGGAAAAACGUUUACCCCACUUCCUCUCUAUGGUGCUGGUUUUCUACUAGCAAGGCACAUACUCCAUCUUUCCAGAAGAAAAUGCAUGUGUAUGUUACUUAACAAUGAUCAAGGACUUUCUCCUUCUGGAAGAGCCAGCCACAUGCUUGGCAGUGGCAGAGUGGCAACUCUCGAAGCUUGAGCAUCCUUGGAGCGUGGUAGGAAUCCUUUGGAGGACUGCUUGCUUCUGCCUCUUACAAAUCCACCUCUAACUUAAACCUGUGAAGUGAAGUGUAGUUCAGUCUUCUGCUGGAGCAACUAGUAGUUGAGUUGUGACAGUUGAACAGAGGUGGCUGGGAUAUGGAGCUAAGCAAAUAAGAUGAGUAAGAGCGUUCCAUUGUGUGUUCUCUUUCUAUCUCUUUUCCAACAGGUUCAACACUACUGUGCGAAAAGCCUCAUCAGCAGGAAGGUAUUGUUCUUCUCUGCCUUUUAUUCUGCUAGAAUGGGGGCAGGUACUUUCUGCUCAGAUGCCUGUACAAAAGCUGCUUGUUGCUGCAACAUUUUUGCAGGUUUCUCUCUGCAGUCUUGGGGACUAGAAACUCUCCCUCCCUUUCUCCCCUGUAAAGAAAAUCCGAGGUACUUAAUGGAACUGAUUUCUGCAAUUUCACACAAAAGGUCACUUAUAUGAAGUUGCUCUGAAUGGUUGCCAGUUUGAAUUUUCAGAGCAAAAAGGUAGCAAUGUGGAGGGGACUAUUUUCUGGGGGUGGAAAUUAAUAAUGAAAAUAUUGUUUUAAAUUUUUUUUGUCUGUGCCCAUAUCUGCUGCUGCUUUGAUACCAUUUUAUUCCUGGUUAGGGCUUCUGUCUCCUUACUCUUUUUAAAAAAAUGUUUUUAUAAGAUUUGCAAAUGCAACAAGCAAAAUAUCAAAGUAAAAAAAUAAUUAAAACAGCCACAAAGAGGAAUAAAAAUGCAAGAUAAUAAUAAUACAGUACAACAACAACAACAAUAAGCUUAACAAAGAAUGAACAGCAUAAAAUACAUUUCAUCUCCUUUCUACAGUGUUCCCAGCCAAUUGGGCAUUAUUUUAUAGCCAAACCUGUACAUUGUCUGAAUGUAGAAGUUGCAGUAGGUUCUAAAGUUUUACCAUGUGAGAUUCUGCAGACUUUGCAGCAAAGGUCCCUGAGCGUAGAACCAGCUGUUAUGGGCAAUACCUUAAUACUACUUCUAAUCUGUCUACAUUUUGGCAGCUCUUUGGCUUUAUCGAAAGGUAUGGGGCGUCUGGAGCUCUGAAAACUCGGAAAGAAGACCAGAAGAUAUCAGGCUUGCAGAAUUUCCUGCAAACCUUGAACAAGAGGCAAGAGAAGGAAGGUGAGCUCAGGUGUUGAGUUGUGAAAUGGGCUAGAAAAGGCAGAACCAAUUAUAAUGGUUGCCAGUGCAGUGAUUUCGUAACCCCAUGGGGAUGCUGGUGUAUCCUCUGCCUGUGUGUGCUGCCCUUCCUCUCAAUGGAAUCAGAGGACCCACAUGUAUUCUUUUACAUGUAUGGGUUUGCUUACUCGGUGGAAAUGAAUGGGGCCUUUUCAAGCAUGCAAGAGCUUCAGGUCCAUGUGGACCAGGGUGUGUCCAUUCACUCCACCCUGGGGAGCAAGUUAAUUUACCGAAGUUGUUUCCUGAAUGCCGUUUCUUCAGUUAGGGGGAAACAGCUUGAAUUUUUUCCUUCUUUCCAAAAUAAAUUAAGUUUUGAUGGGGCUGUGGGCAUUUUUACACAGGGCACUUAGACCACGAGCCGAAAACUUGCAUUGGCAAGAGUUUCAUCAGUUUCUCUGCUUGAUCUCAUUAACAAUUUUCAGAUGUGGUAUGAACGAAAAUGGUCUUCUGAGCUUGUUACCCUCCUAGCUGCUGAGCAUCCCCUGGCUUUGUGGCACUAAGUUCACCAGCUGAGGUUGCUCUUUUGGUCUGCAGGGACUCAACACAGCUCCCCUGGAGAGGCUGAGGAUGAGCAGCCAAAAAUGGCAUCUCCCCUAAUGCACAUUGAGGGGUUCCUGGCUGCGCUCACAAAUGCAAACCAAGAUGGAAGAGUCAUCCUCACCCGGCAAGGUACGGGGCAAGUUGAUGGGUGUAUGUUUUAAGUACAUUAUUUAACUAACUAAAAUUGCAGUUGCUAGUAUAGAUCGAGGCCUGGGCCAAGGAUUGUAAAGCCACUUGCUUCUGCAAGAAGCCACUCUCCUUGCAAGAGCCCCCCCCCCCAGUUUAGUUCAAAGCAGCCUGAAAAUCCACAAGGAUCUGUUUGCUUGGAGCCAGAAGUUGGACAGGAAAACCAACAGUGCUCUUCUGGUACAGGCAGCGAUGGUGCUGUCAACCGCCCCCCCCCCCAAUGCUCUCAAAAUGUAUCUUUAGGCGAAAUUACAGUGUUGGGUAGAUGGAUGGCCACUGUCAGGGAUGCUUUAGCUGAGAUUCCUGCAAUGCUGGGGAUUGGACUAGAUGGCUCUUGGGGUCCCUUCCAAUUCCAUGAUUCUGUUUUCCUUUUCCAGGCACUUUAGCUCAGAGCAGCCUCAAGUUUCUUCUUCUGAAUCCGGCGGUGCACUUUGCCCAGGUGCUGAAGGAGUGUCGGGCCGUGGUCAUUGCUGGAGGCACCAUGCAGCCGGUGAGAGACAUUUCUUGACACCUCUAGACUUUUGUUUGAUCUGAGGAGCGGUUGCUUACAAGCAGGCAGUGGUAGAAGGGGCUACAUGCUGUCUUUAGGAAGCUGUGAACUCACACUGAAGGUUAACCAACGAAGUUGCUUUUAUCCUAGUUGCAGAAUUUGGAGCAGGAAGUAUUGUAACCUUGGUGAUAGAUGGGACCCAUCAAUCACCAUGCACAUAAAGAGGGGUCGGGGGAAAGCUCACAUAAUUCACUUCAGAAUGCCCUCCUUUGGGUAACAAUUUUAUGUCAGGUUUUUCCUCUCCUAUCAUGUUAUCGAAGGAUCAGGAAAAUCUGAAUUAAAUAAGCAUUGGAGGGGGAGUGUAGGCUUCCCUUUGGAUGACAACAAUAUGUGGAUGGUGUCAAACACUUGCACAACUGGAGGCCCCAAAUCCACUUUAAACUGGUGGUGUACACAACCUGAACAAAUACUGCACAACCUUUAUGGAGCAGGCCCUUCCUGGCAAAAGAACAGAGUCUGCUAGGUUUAUAAGGUGCCUCCUUGAGUCUUUGGCUCACAUUAUUAUUAUUAUUAUUAUUAUUCUAAUUAUUAUUAAUUAGAAGCUUGACAUUCAAGCCUGUGCUUUGCCCUAUUUCUUCAGGCUGCCUGCUGCUUUUGAUAACUCCUGGAUCCUUAGCCUCUUGUGCUUGACCUUCAAGUGGUGAUCUUGCCAGGAGGGGUCGUUUCAGAAAAAUCAGGAUUUCAGUAACACCAUGGUGGCAGGACCAGUCUCUUGCAGGCUUUUUGCAUCUGAGCCCCAGCUGCUGGCAGCGUAUAAGUGGAGCUGCAGAAUAUAGGGGGUGGGGAAAGGAGUAAACCUUGGGUGUAUAGCUAACCAGCAAUCCCAGUUGGAAGGGGGAUGUGCUGUUUCAAAAGUCAGGGAGGAAUGUUUUUGUUACUUAUGCUUUCCUGCUUAAGGUGUGUGCGUGCGCACACACACACGAGAUCCCAAAUUCAAUCCCUGGCAUCUCCACGUAGGGCUGGGAAUGUUCACGGUCUGAAACCCUGUAGAGCUGCCGUCAGUCAGUGGGCACAAUGCCGAGGUAGAUGAAGCCAGUGGUCUCAUCUGGUCUAAGUCAGCUUCAUAUGGUCGUAUAACUAGGUAUGAAAAUUGUUGGUAUGGAAUUCUUUACAGCCCCAUAGCUCUAAGCUGUACCAUACGAGGCCAGUACAAGCCCCUUCAUAACUGGGGAAGAGGGAGGAGAAUGGGCUUUGACAAUGCAUAGCUCAGUUGGUAGAGCAUGAGACAUUGUGGGUUCGAGCCCCCUGUUGUGCAAGGUUACAAUACUUCCUGCUCCAAAUUCUGCAGCUAGGAUAAAAACAAUGCAACUUCACUGGUUCAUGAUUAUGGAGCUGCACUGGCUGCCAGUGAUCUGUCUCCAAGGCCUUAACAUUGGUUUAUAAAGCCCAAAGCAACCUGGGUUCUGUGUACUGUGAGGGAGGACUGCAGCUCAGUGGUAGAGCAUCUCUGCAUGUGGAAGGCUCCAGGUUCAGUCCCCGGCAUCUCUAAGUAGGGCUGGUAGAAGACCUCUACCUGAAAUCCUGGAGAGCUGCUGCCGGUCAGUGUAGACAGUACUAAGCUAGAUGGACCAAUUGCUUGACUCGGUAUAAGGCAGCUUCCUAUGUACUUAAAAAGGCCACCUUAUUCCCUUGACCACUGCACAGUCUUCGUAUUCGGCCACUGAGGCAUGUGAGCUGUCCAUGACGAGAAGUUGUGCAUUGAGUGUGGCGUCAUGGGGACUGUGGAACUCUCUGCCUCAUGAAAUCAAGCUGGCACCAUCUGCUGUGAGCUUUAGGUGCCACCUAUAAAAGGCUUAGUUACUUCAGCAAACCUUCUUAAGAAAAAAAAGAUGCAUUUGUUUUUUUUAAAAAAACCUUGUUAGAUGGCCCAUUUUGUCCUUGCUGUUCUCUUGAAUACAUUUUGCUUCCGUUUUUUAUUUUUUAGGGUGUUUCGCUUUUAACCGAGAUCUGAUAGUGUUCUCCUAGCAGUGCAGCAAUAAAACAGUUAGCACAUUUGCAAAGCUAAGCUGGGUUUGGUAUGGUUUCAAACUGGAUGGGGUUCUGCAGUUUCCUGCAUUGCAGGGGGUUGGACUAGAUGACCCCAGGGGUCCCUUCCAACUCUAAUGGUUCUGUGUUUGCAAUAUAGAAAGGAAUAAAAUAAACAAAAUCUGAUGAUGUGAUGAAGGAGCCACUUGGUGGCAGUACUGUACUUCAUUUCCUAGCAUGGCCAGUGGGACUGAGGGAGCUACGAGUUGCACCAUCUGGAAAAGCAAGUCAGAUGGGACAGAAAUCAGAGAAAUGGUCAGGGUAUGCACUGUAUUCCUGAAAUGUGGGAAGGCACAAGCUUUGCAAAUGAUCUUGUGGCCAUUUAGUCUUCUGGAUGCAGCCUAAUAAUUACACACCAACCUUGUGGUGCAAAUGCCACUUUGGUCUUCCAGAUGUGGCAUACAACUGGUUGGUGUCACAGUUCAGUUGUGAUGUUGACAACAUGCUGGUGUACAGCCAGCCUUAAGGAUACAGUGGUACCUCGGGUUAAGUACUUAAUUCGUUCCGGAGGUCCGUACUUAACCUGAAACUGUUCUUAACCUGAAGCACCACUUUAGCUAAUGGGGCCUCCUGCAGCCGCCGCGCUGCCGGAGCACGAUUUCUGUUCUCAUCCUGAAGCAAAGUUCUUACCUGAAGCACUAUUUCUGGGUUAGCGGAGUCUGUAACCUGAAGCGUAUGUAACCUGAAGCGUAUGUAACCCGAGGUACCACUGUAGUUUGCAACGCAGGCAUUAUCUGAAGGACUUUUCACUGAGGGUUUCUGAAUAUUAUUUUUGAACGUUACUUAUUUUAGGCUGCCUUUCUGAACAAAGUCUGCUCGAGGCAUUUAUAGAGCAUAAAAUCAAGAUAAUACAACAUUAAUACUUUAAAACUUUUUUAAAAGUUCCAAAAAAUUCAAAGUAAGCAACAAGCGUUUAAAACAUAGUGGAGCCCAGAAAAAAAAAUUAAGAAAAGACCACACACCAGAGUGAUAAAUUUAUUAGAAAGUUGCUCUCUUACUUGUGUGCUCUGGAGAUGCAAUGGAAAGAGUUGGGCCUGCUCUUUGUUUUGCUUAUUUAUUUUAUUAGGUGCAUUUAUAACCCACCUUUCAUUUUAGCAGAUUCCCAGGGCAGAUGACAAGAUACAGAUUCAAUAAAAUUGCAGAAAAACAGCUAUAAAUCAUAAAAGCUAGCUUGACAGCAGCUAAAGUCACAGGGCAGGCUGGCAACCACAGCUGAAUAUUACUACAGUGCACCACUGAAAUAUUUGCCUUGUGGGUGAAAGGGAUUCUGGGAGGUUCUGUAGGCAUCUCAGAAACAGGGAGGCGAUAUGCUGAGAGGGUUGGUUCAGUCUCUUGAAUGGCUUCUUCCUGUGGUGCAAUGGGUCAGUGUGUCUGACUGGAACAUAGUUUGCUAAGGGAGCUCAUUCCUUGCAUGCAGGACACCCAGGUCCAGUUCUUGCAAUUUACACUUAAAAAGAUCUCAGCUAGCAGAGCUCUUUAGAGCUGCUGCCAGACAGAGUAGACAAUACUGGGCUCUAUGGACAAGUAGCAAGAACUGGUAUAUAUACAGUAGCUUCCUACAUAGGUAGCAGGAUUUGGUUUCUGGGUAGGACGACUUGGGUGACCUUGGCCAAAAUCAAGGGCAGAGCACACGAGCCCAUCUAGCCCUGCCUGCUGCUUGAGCCUUCCUAGUUUUUUAUGAAAGCCUUGUGACUUGCAGGUGGCCGAUUUCCGGGAGCAGCUGCUUGUCUGCGCUGGUGUCGGUGCCGACAGGAUCGAGGAGUUCUCCUGCGGUGAGCCUCGGAGACAGGGAAGGGAAAGGAGUGCUUUUAAAAUUACUAUUAUCAUCCAGCAAAUUGCAGUGGGCAGAUGGACCCUGCCUGCCUGUUGCUAUGGCACUGUGUGUAGCAAAACGUUCCCUGCUCCAUCCUUGCCUGCCGAAAUGCUGCAGCCCAGUGGCCUCCCGCCUCCAGCACCACUUUACACGGGGAAUCCCUGGCAGCAUCCAUACUGGCGAAUGCAGCUGUACUUGCAAUAAGCUGAAAGCAAAAGGGCCAGAACUGCUGUUUUCCUCCCUCCACCCAAGAUGGAAAAUGCAACGAUGGCAGCAAGUUCCAGUGAAUUAACUAGGGCUUCCUGCCAUAUGAACAUGACUGUAGGACAGAGACAUCAUGUUUGGGACAAGUGGGACCUGCAACAAAACACUGCUCCCAUUCAGGGUUCCAGCCAGCCAUGCCUGCUUCCAGCAGACUCCAAUCCAUGCCCCCCAAGUCAGUUGUCAUUCCUUGCCCACUGAGAACUUGUCUGCAUUGGAGUGUUGAGUGAGUGAGUGAGUGAGUGUGUGUGUGUGUGUGUGGUGUCCACUUAGGCUUUCUCUCUUUUUGUACUUUUCAAACCUUGGGGUUUCCCUAAGCAUUCCUACCUCCCCCAGUUUUGUUUGUGGGUGGUGCCCUUUUGGCUGUGUAAGGAUUCACACUUGGGUAAUCGAAUUUGCUAUUAGCAUAUGAUAGUUAAGAGCCAAAUGAUCUUUCUCUCCCGCUUGCCAAAGUAGGAGUGAUUCAGGGCAUUGUUUCUUUAGGAGGAGAGAAUCUUGAAGGCGUGGGUGUUGCCAUGGAAAUAUGCCUGUUUACAGAUCUCCAGGCUGAGAAGAAAUGUCACGAAAUCAGCAGUCAGUGUGGCUCAUGCCAGUCCCCAGACAGAAUCAGUGCUUGCUAUGAGAAUCCACAGCUAUUUGUGUUAUGCACAGGUGUCAGUGCCAAACUCACAUCCCACCUUGCUUCCCAUGUCACCCCUUGAGUUGUGACUUUCAAGCGUUCAGUCAGGGACUAAGGAAUCCUUGCUCUGAUUAAAUUACACCUUGUGUUUUUAUUGGCUCGCUUUAAGGUGGCUCUACCACACAAUUUGCUUGACCACUGAAAUCUGGUGGUGGCCUGUGGGUCCAAAGGUGGAUUCAGGUACGGCUUUGCUUCCAAGCAGCUGUGACGAAGGACGGCUGUUCAGCUUCACUGCCUCUCAUUCCUUCUACCUGCUUAUAUGUUGUCAGGUCACGUGAUUCCGCCAGACAACAUUUUACCCAUCAUCCUCUGCAGCGGCCCAUCCAACCAGCAGCUGGAAUUCACUUAUGAGAAGCGAGGCCUACCUCAGAUGGUCAGUAUCCGUCCCAUUGCUUUGACUGUUCAAGAUAUGUCGCUUCAUGUUUUGAGCUUGCUGGGGGGGAGAUGCAAUAGGCCUUGGCACCCAUCGAGCCCAGCAUUCUGUUAUCACAGCAGCUGUUGGGAUGUAGCAAAACUUACUCCAUUCCGAUAGCCUUUUCAGAACUCACAAUAUGCUCUGUACAAAAUAAUAAGCCGCUGCUAGAACAAAUGGGGUGAAGGAGAGGAGGGUAGAGGGUGGGGUUUGGGGGCUGGCUGCUUCCUCCGGGCCUAAUAUUUAAUACAGGCAGUGGCUUUUGUUUUGUUUUUUUAAAUAUUUUUAUUAGUAAUUUCAACAUAACAUUUUAUCAAAAAACACAUCAUCCUUAAAAAUCCCCCCCUAUUUUUCCCUCCCUCCUCCCCAAAAUAUAGCCCCCCCCAAGACUUCCUCAGCUCCUCUCUCUGGUUUAUUAACAUAUGUUAUUUUCUGCAUGUUACAAAACUGUGCAGAUCCUUAAUUUAUCUAUCUAGAUGUUAUCAAUAAGAAGUUUGUGAAUGUUUAUUCAACAGGCAGUGCCUUUUGAAUCCGGUGCCCUAAAGAUUGUGGUGGCUUCUUUUCUCUCUUUAGAUGGCAGAGGCGGGCCGGAUCCUUUGCAACCUGUGCAACGUCGUCCCUGGGGGCGUGGUGUGCUUCUUCCCCUCUUACGAGUACGAGAAGCAGGUUUAUACGCAUUGGGAGAAGACCGGGGUGCUUACCCAGCUGGCCUCUAAAAAGAAGGUAGUUGCUCGGCCGGGUGCUGCUGGUGCUUUUAGGCGGAAGCCAUUCGUUCCAGAAUCAAACCAUUAUUGGCUGAUUACAGUCCUCUGCUCUGUUUUUUGUUCCCUCUCCUUGAGUUGUUCCCGCUGCCUGCACAGUGAAGCAGAGAGGAUGUUUGUUUAUAUGUCCAAUUCCCCUCCACCCUCCCGCCCCCCCCAAUAAUGAAUAAGCAAUACUUGCUGGGCGACUGAUUGGUGUACUUGGGUCUAAAUUAGAUUAAGCGCUGCUCCAUGCUUUCUCAAAGCACAGCAAGCUUGGCCCGUUUGCAGCGGAGGCAGACAAGAGCCCAGAGAUGAGGGCCAUUUGAAAUUUAUUUUGCAAAUCAAAAAUUAAGCUUCUGUAACCUGGAGAGCUAAAUCCUGAGAGUUCAUUGUGAGCACAACAAAUCAUGAGCAAACGGGACAUAUGGCAUUGCAUAAUAAAAACCCAUUCAGUUGUGUGUGUGUGUGAUUCUCAAUUUGUGUCCUCAUAACCAGGUUGCCCAGGACCCAAUUGAGGAGCAUCACAGUCAAUUGGGGAUUUGAACCUUAGUUUCCUACUGACAAAAUCUGUGUUUUUAAUAAAUAAAUAAAUAAAAGCAUAGCGAAGAUCCUCUUGCUGUGACGGUGCAGAUGCUACACAUGUCUGAAGAGGGUUAUUCCGGUACCAAGUCUCUUGUCGUCUUCCUCCAUGUUUCCUGCUAUGAUGCUGCCUGAACUGGUUGUGCCAAAGGAGCAGUUAAUUCUCAGUGGGGAAGCCGAGGCCUCCAUAUUUGGUCAGAUUCACCUGAUUCUUGUCUAAUCUGUAGUGAAUUUAGAAACAGCUGCUGGAAUAUUUUGGACCAAGGUUGAGUUGUUUUUGCUACCGCCUGGAGGUGUAAUGUUGCUACACUUGCUGAAUUGAAAUUCUGGGGUGGGUUUUUUGUGUUUUUUUUUGUAUUCUGUUAAGUUUGUUUGCUAUUAUGAAAUUGUUCUUGCAGUGGUUGAUCCUGUGAUGUAUUGCUGAUCUCCUUGUAUUAAGCAACUUUCAGCAUGAUUUUUGUGUGCAGAAAGACAACAUGCAACUACAGUGGUACCUCGGGUUAAGUACUUAAUUCGUUCCAGAGGUCCGUUCUUAACCUGAAACUGUUCUUAACCUAAAGCACCACUUUAGCUAAUGCACAAUUUCUGUUCUCAUCCUGAAGCAAAGUUCUUAACCCGAGGUACUAUUUCUGGGUUAGUGGAGUCUGUAACCUGAAGCGUAUGUAACCUGAGGUACCACUGUAAACUGAUAAUGAUAAUGUGCUUUGUGUAAGUUCAGCAUCUCUCCAUCAACUGAUGUUUUCUGCAUUUUUUAAACAGAUAUUUCAGGAACCAAAGCGAGCAAACCAGGUGGAGCAGGUGUUGGCUGAAUAUGCCAAGUGCAUCAAGGUGAGAGCCAUGGGGCUGGCAGGCUGCUAAGUUACUUAGUGGGAAAAGGCAGUGCUCUUGUAUCAGCUCAGCCAAACGGCCACUCUGCUACUUUGGCCCAGAGGUGGGCUCAUUUCCCAGCCUUUAACCACCCACCCCCUGGGGGCGGGGCUUUAUUUUAUGCAGCGUUGCAGCCAGUCAGGAGGCCCCAUGACAGGAGCGCUGCUGUUCUCCGUCGUUGGUGGGAAAAUGAGCGAAGGAAUCAAUUUUUCUGAUGACCUGGGAAGGUAAAUGACUGGCUUGUGAUAGGAGAUGUGGAAAUCCCCCCCAUUAACCCUUUCUCCCCUGUGCAGUUCUGCAGCUGAAAUACUUUAUUGUAGUUCCAAGUUGUUGAUUUUGGCAGUGAGGUAGAGGGGCAAAGGAAAUGUUUUACCAUAGUUUGUUUUUUGUUUUUGCUGGAAGCCUCCCAGAACGGCCGGGGCAGCCUAGUCGGAUGGGUGACAUAUAAAUAAUAAAAUCAUUAAAUGCAUAGACUGGAGACUUGCAGCCUCUGGAUGUUGGAAGGACUUCCUUAAGCGAUGAUUUGCCUUUAGCAAGAUGCAGCCGUUUCCUCUUAAGGCUCGUCCUACCCCACUGUUACUUAGAGGACUAAAAUAGGUCUCAGAAAUUGAAUUGAGCCAGAAGUGCUACUAGAGGCACAGAUUUUCACAGGGAGCAAACUUGCACUAGAUUAAACCUCCUUCUCCACACUCCCACGGCAAAAAAUGGUUGCCCGAAUUCUGUUUCAGUUUAUUUGAAAGUUUCCUGAGCUCUUAUGCAUAAUUCCAGGAGGAGGAAAACUGUCUUGCAUCUAAUGUACUUGCUCCACAAUCCUAUUAAUGCAGUGUUAGGAUGAAACAUGGCCUCUUUGACAUUUUCCUGCUAAAAGGGGCAUUGUGGUAUUAUUACAAAAGCUAACGAAAUACCUGUGGUUGGUGGGUGGGUGUCUGUCUUUCUCUCUUGUCUCCCCCCGCCCCCCAUUCCUAGGUGUGUGAUCAUGGUGGGCAUGCCUUACCCCAACAUCAAGUCUCCAGAACUUCAAGAGAAAAUGGCAUACCUUGACAAGACUAUGGUAACUGUCCACCCCUUUCCACUCUUGCUGGAUCUGCUUUGCAAUGUGGCAAAGCAGUUUAGGGACACGCUUGCAUUAUGGAUAACUCUUUUCAUAGCCAUGUACCUUUUUGCUGUUCUUGGGAAAGAGCUAUUUCCCCACCACCACCUCCCCCCCCCCAUUGGCCACCCAAAUUAGAAAGUUAAUGUUGCUCCUUUGAAACCCGAAGUGCUUAAACACACACACACACGCUUCAUUCAUCUUAAGUGAGAGAGGCUUGUAAUUGUUCCCCAUUCUUACAUGAGGUUAACAGCUUGGUCCUUGUAAUGGAAUUUAACUACUGCAGUAUCCAAUUAGUGGCUGGCAACAGAGGCUCAUAGCAUCAGGCAGAACAGCGCUUAGGGCUUCUUCACAGGGAGCUCAUAAGACAGCCUCAGCUGAAAACUUUAUUACAUCUGAGGUGAGGGGGAAACUGUGCACAGUUCCUCUUAGGUGGCUGAUUCAUCGCUCCUUGAUACUGUGACACGAUUCGCUUGUCGUGCAUGAGCCAUGCAUGUUGUAUUAAUUGCCCUUAAUGUCUCUGUGCGUGGAGAGCACUGGCUGUUUAUUGGCUUGGGAAUGAGAUAGUGCUGUUGCUUUCAUGAUGUAAGGGUUCUUGGGGGGGGGUUGUUCUUUGGUAAAUCAGGCAGGAUGUGUGUUUGUACCUCAAGCAGCACAUUUCCAUGCUCAGUUCCUGGGACACCUCUUAUUUUUGCUUCUUAUGCAGGGCCGAAAUCAAGAUGGAAUCUCAGGCUUUGAAAUUCAUUUGUCAUUACCUUAUUCGAAAGCUAAGCACCUAGACAGGUGUUUCCCCAUUAUUUAGGAUAAAUAAUGCGUACCUUUGAAAACUGACUCCUCCUUUUACCCUUUCUUCAAGCCCAGCUGUAGCUAGUACUGGAUAUGCAACCUGACUUGACUGGCAGGCCAAAAUGUAGUUCAAGUCCUUGCUGCUUUCAUACCUGCUCUGGUGCUGCCCUCUGAAACUGCUGCAUUGAGGGUGGGUAGUCAGGAAGGCUCUUGACUCUGGGGAUACUUUGCUCAUUGUUACCUAUCUCUUGUCAUCUUGGUUUCCCUCCUCCAGCCAAAAACUGCAGGCCAGGCACCAGGCAGAACUCUGAUUGAGAACUUGUGCAUGAAGGCAGUCAACCAGUCAAUAGGUAAGUGCAGAAUUCGCAAGUGGGUUUUGAUGUUCUCCAAAAGAGCAGUGAUGGUGGCUUCCUGUGGGCUGGCAGAAUUUAGAAGCAGCUAUUUCUGAUGCAUGCAGCCUGAACCUCAAGCAGUGAAAGCAACAGGAACAAAAGUACCAACUUGUCAAUAAUUUUGCACAGUCCUCAAGCUGCCAUCCGUCACGUUAACCCAGCCUUGUAAAUAGCCACAUGCCUAGCUGUUCAUGGUAAGAGAGAAUCUCCCCAUAGCAGUAACUGAGCAAGGACGCUUUUGUAAGCCAGAAGAGGAACUAGUUUUCUUUCUCAUGCAGCGGUUAUCUCAUACGUUGGUGGUGGGGGGGGGACAGUAAUUCUGUGAACAUGUGUAAGGUUGCCUUAGUGCAUCACAUUGGCUGCUCCUGCUGUAAUAAGUUGACAGCUGAGUGAUUUGUGUGUGUGGCUUCUCUUAACAGGGAGAGCAAUUCGCCAUCAAAAGGACUUUGCCAGCAUUGUGCUCUUAGAUCACAGGUAUGCCCGCCCAGCUAUUUUCAACAAACUACCUCAGUGGAUCAAGAGCAGGACUCAGACCAAACCUGUCUUUGGGCCAGCCUUUGCAGCACUAAGAAAGGUGAGUCACAAUACUAGGUUCUGCUUAUUCCCACAACACACACACAAACACUCUCCAUGGAAUGAGAAUCUUGGCAUUGGUUCUUACCAUGGCCUGCAAUGAGGUUGGUUUAUGAGGAUGUGUGGAACACCAGCUCACCAACAUCAUCACAUGCCUGCCUUCUUUCUUAAAUCUAGUUAGACAUAAAAUUUAUGGAAAUUUCGAAGCUGUUGAAAGGGGGGAAAUACUUUUUCCUCCAGUUUUUUUCAUGUCAUUUUAUUUCUUGAUUUGGGGUAUUUCCAAGCAUAGGCCAGGUUCUCCCUCCCCACAUGCUGCAGAAAAUGGAAGAAUUGUGUAAGAAAGCAAGAGGAGUUGGAGGCUGUAUUGAGCAAAGCUCUUGCCACCAUGUAGCAGGAGGGAUGUGCUUGGCAGAAUUCCAGGCUGCAUUCCUUGGCCUUGCUGUCCAGUCAAAUGCAGAAGUGGGGUUACCAUCGCUUACGUUUUUGUCUUUUGAAUUUUUGGCCCAACGGAUUUGCAGCAGCAUGAAUUGGAUGGCAACAAUAUUAACGUUGCUCAGUUCUUUCUCCCACUCCAAGUUCUUUGAGGCCUAGUUAAGAGGGCAGAAAUAUGUGCUGGCUGUGCCAAUGAGAGGGCACAGAAGCCUUCUCUUGUGACAAUGGCAGUGCCCUCCAAGAGGCAGAACUACAUCUUGCGCUUACAUUUGAGAGUAUACAACUUGGUGCUUGCUUGUCCUCGGUGUACGGGUUUCGUAAUGAUACUGUACAUAGUUUUACGAAGAAGUCUUCCUGUUAAGAGUUUCAGAAAUCAUUUUAGGAGACUAAAUAUAUUAACACCUGGUCUAUUUCAUAAUCCUUUUUUCCCUUCAAUUUUUUUGAGGGGAAAAACCAAAAAAAGGCUUGGAAAAAGCCCCCCCCCCCCGCCCGAGUUUUUCCAUUCCCCCUAGGCUGUCACCUCUCUGCAUCCAGUCCAUGGGGGUGGCCCUGCCUAGCAGCUUCCUCCUGUGUCGCCUCAAUGUUGGCAUUGUAGAACUCUGCGGGAGAAAUGGUGGGGGCACAACUUGGAACUAGUUAGUUCUGCCUCCCCCCUCCCCAGUUCCAGCAGGUGCUUAACGCCUGCUCAUGGCUUGGCUGUUGGGAUUGUGCUUCUGGUGGUUCCACGCCUGAUGUAAUUUCCAUUUUCUGUUCUGCAGUUUCAUGUGGAGAAGAGAUCAAGUUGUGAGUCUUUACCCUUCAGAUAACGGAAAUGCUUGCAGCUGCCUCAUCCCCUCUGUGUGAAGUGCCUUCAGUGUUUGUUUAUGUCAAUAUUGUUUUUGAAUUUCUCAAUAGCUAAAGCAUUCUUUCAAACCUCAUGCUUAAGGAGUUUUGUGUUGCCAAGCCUUUAGGCAUGUUGCACUAUGAGUUCAGGUUACAGAAACCCUGUGGGAGGAGAGGGGUCCUCUUUUAUUUGUGCUAGACAAGAGUUGCUCUGUUCCUGAGGGUAAGUGAGCAGCUGUAUCCCUUGUGAUGUAUCCCUUGUUCAUUAGUCCCCCCCCCCUUGCAUAUUUGUACCAGUGGUGGUUCUGGGCCCCUCUCUCUCUUGUCAUCUCUAUAGAUAAGGGCUGCCAAAAGUCUGGAUUUUCCCGGACAUUGCAGGGAUUUUCAUUAGUGGAACUGAUGCACUUUGUCCUGGAUCCAUAGCUGUCAACAUUUUCCUUUUUUUAAGGGAAAUUCCCUUAUUCCAAAUAGGGUUCCUCGCAAGGAAAGAGAAAAGUUGACAGCUAUGCCUGGAUCUCAGACAAGUCCAUGGAAAAAUCGUGUUUUGGGGUUUUUUUUAGAACUGGCUUAGAUGGGAGGGAGAGAAAACCCAAGCAGAGAUUUUGAAGAAUUGUAGAGGUCUGUUUUAAAUAUGCUUUAAAGCGAGAGAAGCCAAAGCUUCUUUCCCCUUCCCCUCUGCUUGAAUGUGACCAACUACAAAGUGAAAGAGAGCAAACGUGUGUCAGGAGGACACUGACUUGGGUCACUUCAGCUUUUGAAGCUGUAAGCCAGGCUGAUGAGAAGUUUAAACUGAAUAAAUCCUUUCAGCAAAGGG